UUAUAUGGAGUGUAUCAGAGAAAUAAAAUCAUAUUGUGGGAUACUGUGAGAAAGUUCAGUCAUUUUAAUCUCGGUGUUUAUAUAUGCAUCAUCCAGAAGAUGAUUGAUCAAUUUAAGGGGGUCAGUACCUUGGUUUUCUUCGUAAAUGGAAAGAAGGUGGAGGAUCGUAAUGUGGAUCCUGAAUGGACUCUACUUUAUUAUUUGAGGAAUAAAAUAGGUUUAUGUGGUACGAAACUUGGAUGUGGAGAAGGAGGAUGUGGUGCCUGUACCGUUAUGGUGUCCAGAUAUGACAGGAAGAAGAAGAAAGAAAUACAUUUACCAGUUAAUGCGUGUCUGGCUCCAGUAUGCUCAAUGCACGGAUUAGCAGUAACCACCGUAGAAGGUAUAGGAUCGACAAAAACGAGGCUACAUGCAGUACAAGAAAGAAUUGCAAAGGCACAUGGAUCCCAAUGUGGCUUCUGCACACCUGGUAUAGUUAUGUCCAUGUACACUCUCCUCAGGAACAACCCGACACCCAAAAUGAGUGAUCUGGAAAUAGCCUUCCAGGGCAACUUAUGCAGAUGCACCGGUUACAGGCCCAUCAUCGAAGGUUUCAGAACAUUCACAGAAGAAUGGGAGAGGGCGCAAGGAGCAUCCAAAAUAUCAGAAUCGAAUGGUAAAGUUUGUGGUAUGGGGGACAAAUGUUGCAGGCUUCAGAAUGGAAAUGGUUGUUCUUCCAAUGGAAUCACCAACGGAACUGUCACAAAUGGUCACUCCAAUUCUGAUGUGGAUAAUGGCGAAUCAAAAACGAAUGGAUACCAUGAUGAGCAUCACAAAGAUGUUUCGAAUGAUCUCUUAUAUAGACCGAAUGAAUUUGUUCCUUACCACCCAACCCAAGAACCUAUAUUUCCCCCCGAACUCAAAUUGUCAGAUAAAUACGACAAGGAAUUUUUGCUCAUUCAAGGAAAGGAUUGCACAUGGUAUCGUCCAACGAGACUAGAGGAACUUCUACUUCUUAAAUCCAAGUUUCCAACAGCUAAGAUCGUCGUGGGCAAUACUGAAAUAGGCGUAGAGAUGAAAUUCAAGAACAUGGUCUAUCCAGUUUUAAUUCAACCGAACCUAAUCGAAGAAUUGAUUGAAAUUAAAAGCGUUGAAAGUGGAGUAAGAGUUGGUGCUGGAGCAACUCUGAUGGAUAUUGAAUCAUACUUGAGGAAACAAAUCGAAUGUUUGCCCAAAGAAAAGACUAGACUUUUUUCUACUGUAGUCAAAAUGCUGAAAUUUUUUGCUGGAAAACAGAUAAGAAGUGUCGGAUCACUGGGAAGUAAUAUAAUGACAGGCAGUCCUAUUUCUGAUAUGAUCCCAGUAAUGAUGGCUGCAAAUGUGACUUUACAACUGCAAAGUUUGAACAAAACAAGAACUGUUCACUUGAACAAUCAUUUUUUUACCGGUUAUCGCAAAUCGAUUGUUAAUCCAGAUGAGGUUCUUGUAUCGAUAACUAUUCCGUAUUCGAAAACCGACCAAUACUUUUAUGCCCACAAACAGGCUAGACGUCGAGAAGAUGACAUUGCCAUUGUUAAUAUGUGUAUGAACGUUACCUUUCAAGGAAAAACGAAUAUUAUAUCAGACUUAUCAGUGGCGUUCGGUGGGAUGUCUUUCAAGACUUUGAUGGCAGUCCAAACAGCCAAACAUUUGAAAGGCCUGUUAUGGAAUAAGCAAACUCUGGAAAUAGCUUUCAAGCAUUUGCUAGAGGACCUGCCCCUAGACCCUGGAGCUCCAGGAGGUAUGAUCAGGUACAGAAGAUCUUUGACGCUCAGUUUGUUCUUUAAAGGAUUUCUGAGUGUAUCCAGGCAGCUUCAAGAUAUAGUACCAUGGGUAGAAUUACUCCCUAGCGAAUUGAGUGCUACUGAAGACUUCGAUACAGAGGAUUUUAAAAGUUCCCAAUACUUCCAAGUUGUUCCUAAUACUGAUGAUGAGUGUAACGCGCUGCGCAAGCCAAUCGUUCAUAAUUCGGCUUUCAAGCAAGCCACAGGUGAAGCCGUAUACUGUGAUGACAUGCCAAAAUUACACAAUGAACUUUACAUGGCUUUCGUACUGAGUACUGAGCCAAAUGCAAUAAUAACGUCUAUCGAUAUAUCUGCAGCUCUUGAAAUGGAGGGUGUUCACGGAUUUUUUUCUGCCAAAGAUAUAGCCAAGGAAAAAUUAUAUGUAGGCACUAUUGUUCACGAUGAAAAAGUAUUUUACACCGACGAAGUAACUAGUCAAGGACAAAUUAUUGGAGCUAUUGUUGCUGAAGAUCAGAACUUAGCUAGGAAAGCUACCAAGAAAGUGAAGAUUACAUACGAAAAAAGGCAACCAGUUAUAUUAACUAUAGAUGAUGCCAUUAAGCACAAUUCGUAUUUAAGCACCAUUCCACAUAAAUCCAUCAGGAAAGGUGAUGUUGAACGAGUAUUUGCUGAUGCACCUCAUGUUCUAGAAGGGGAAUGUAAGAUGGGAGGACAAGAACAUUUUUAUUUAGAAACCCAGGCUGUGAUAGCAAUUCCAAAAAUGGAAGACAAUGAGAUGGAAAUUCAUAGCUCCACACAAAAUCCGACAGAAUUAUGUAAACUUGUUGCUUUUGUGUUGGGAAUACCACAAAACAAGGUGGUUGCUAAAGUAAAGAGACUUGGUGGUGGUUUUGGAGGAAAAGAGUCAAAGUCCUGUCUAAUUGGCAUCCCUGCCGCCAUUGCAGCAUCCAAAUUGAAGCGUCCCGUUAGAACAAUGUUGGACAGAGAUGAAGAUAUAAUAAUGACUGGGGGUCGACAUCCUUUCCAAAUGAAAUAUAAGGUGGCUUUCGAUGACUGUGGCAAGAUUCUUGGGUGUAAAAUCAAGAUAUACUGUAACGCAGGAUAUUCCAUGGAUCUCAGCCCUUCGUUACUUGAACGAGCCAUGACCCACUUCGAAAACGCUUAUUACAUACCAGUGGCUCACGUGGAAGGUUAUGUGUGCAAGACUAAUCUGCCUUCGAACACAGCCUUCAGAGGUUUUGGUGGUCCCCAAGGCAUGUAUGUUGGCGAAACAAUCAUAAGAGAGAUUGCAGAUUUUCUUCAUAAAGAUGUUGUGGAGUUGAGCGAGCUGAACCUCUACAAAGAAGGAGAUCUGACACAUUAUAACAUGAAACUGGUCAAUUGCGCCGUUCGGAGGUGUUGGACUGAAUGUUUGAGCUCAUCUAACUACCAUUCUAGAAGAAAAGAAGUUGAUUUAUUCAACAAGAGGAAUCUUUAUAAGAAACGAGGACUGAGUGUAAUACCGACCAAGUUCGGGAUCGCAUUCACUGCCACAUUCUUGAAUCAGGGUGGUGCUUUGGUACUGGUCUAUACCGAUGGGUCAGUACUCAUAACUCAUGGAGGAGUCGAAAUGGGCCAAGGUCUUUACAUCAAAACCCUACAAGUUGCAAGCAGUGCUCUGGGUAUACCAGUAACGGAUAUUCACAUAAGUGAAACUAGUACUGAUAAAGUUCCUAACACGUCGCCAACUGCAGCAAGUACAGGAUCUGACCUAAAUGGAAUGGCUGUUCUGGAAGCCUGUAGAACUAUAACCCAAAGACUGGAACCAUACAAAAAGGCUAAUCCGAAUGGGACAUGGAAAGAAUGGGUCAGCAAAGCUUACUACGACAGGGUGUGUUUGUCAGCGGUGGGAUUUUGUAAGACUCCGGACAUAGGCUACGACUGGGACAAGGGUGAAGGGAAUUUGUUCAAUUAUUUCACCUACGGAACGGCAUGUUCAGAAGUAGAAAUUGAUACGCUGACUGGCGACCAUCAGGUCGUGAGAACUGAUAUUGUUAUGGACUUGGGGGAAAGUAUAAAUCCAGCAAUUGAUAUUGGACAAAUUGAGGGUGCUUUCAUGCAGGGAUACGGUCUGUUCGUUCUGGAGGAGAUGGUUUAUUCGCCAUCGGGUAUGACUUUCACAAGAGGCCCUGGAACAUACAAGAUACCAGGUUUUGGAGAUAUUCCUAGAGAGUUUCACGUUUCUCUAUUAAAGGGCAGUACGAAUCCCAGAGCCGUGUACUCAUCGAAGGCUGUUGGAGAGCCACCACUAUUUUUGGCUAGCUCAGUUUUCUUUGCUAUAAAAGAUGCAAUUAAAGCAGCAAGGAUUGCGAACGGCUUCUCGGCAUCUUUCAAACUGAAUUCUCCAGCUACUGCAGCUAAAAUACGAAUGGCUUGCGAGGACAAUAUCACUUCGAAGCUCAAAUUACCUGAUCCUGGAUCGUUCAAACCUUGGAAUAUCGAAGUAUAAACCAUGGAUAGAUCGGUAGGAACCCAACGUCGAAUUUUUUAUAUUAAAAAGUAUGAAUACCUGCUAUUUUCUCUCGAGAAAGAAUGGACAUUUUAUACGAAAUUAUAUUAUUAAUUAGUUCA